AUGCGCUCAGGAGGUCUGAUCGAGGAGAGGAUACUGGCUUUGGAGGCAGCUCAGAAACAGGCCCAGCAGAAGGUGGAGAUUACCCUGGCAACGUCAGAGCAGUUGAAGAGCAUCGACCUCAAAUCCCAGGUGUGGGCGCUCCACAAUGAGAUGAACACCAGGCUGGCUGAGUUCCAGCAGGUAGCCGUCUCCUCCGCAGCCCUGCAGGCCAUGAUAAAGAACAAGAGCAACGACUUGGAGUCGGUCAAGGAGAGCGUGGCGGCCAUUUCGAGCUCCAACUCGGCGCUAGCGGUGAGCGUGUCGGGGCUCACCAGCAUGGUGGACAACAUCAAAUCCAGGCUGGACAAGCAGGUGUCCACGGUGGACGGCUUGCCGUCACAGCUGGAGGGACAGGUCACUGAGCAGAGGGAACUAAGAGAGUUUCUGAGUCUUCACAGGGUAGUGCUACAUAACAACCACCAGGAAGUGGGUCAAAUCAAGUAAGCUUGGUUUUUGUGAAUAUUAUGAUUAACUUUAUGCAUGAACUCACUCCCUAGCUGUAUGAAUAGUGAAAGUUGUAUUAAAGUAAAUUAUUUGAUGGCUGUACUGUAUUUGUCAUGGCUAUAGGCAGGAGCUUUUCCUGACAGACGCAGGGUUUUUCUUGGUCAAGUCACAUGCUUAGAAAAAAUAUACCAGUCCAUAUGUUGAUUCUAAUAUGCUAUGGUUCAUUGAGUCUCUAUCUGUCUGUGUGUUUCAGGGAGUUGCUGGAGGCAUGGCAGGCCAAGAAGGCCCGGGCUCUGGAGCAGCAGCUGCAGUUAGUGACCAGGACCCUGGAUGAGCAGCACGUCAGCUCCCAGCGUCUGCACUCCCACCUCAAGAAGCAGCUGGAGGCUGUCCACAGCCAGGUAGGCCCCACUUCCACCACAGCUAAUUAUUAUAUUUCUAUUUCCGUGGACUGUAAGGAAAAUGUACAAUAAAGUAUUCCUCAUCUUCUAAAUUGUUUUAUGAAAGAACAUAUCAUGGUUUUGAGGCUUAUAGUGUACACUUACACACAGUACUCUUACAAAAACAAUUGUAUCUGCUUUCUGACACAUACAGUAAGUUAGUCAAGUAUUGUAUAAAUUCAGGUUGACUUAAUAGAUCACUCUGUUCUGUAAACACCAAACUAGCGUAGUCAGAGAAAAGCAAAUACUUUUAUCGACAAAGGGUUGAAAAUAUUGAGCUAAUAUAUGACUCAUAUCUGAGAGGCGCAUUAUAAAUGAUUAACUCUUUCAGACACCAUACAGGAUGACCCAUGCUCGAGUGUCCUCUUGAAUGUACAGUACUGAUUGUUCUCUGUGUUCUAGCUGGUGAAUGGUGGUCCACUCAGCCAAGAGGAAGUAGACUCAGAGGCUGAAGAGGCCUCGGAAAUGGCGGAAGAGGAGCAGGAGGUAACAGAGGAAGAACCUGCUGAGGAGGAGGUAGAGGAGGACGUUACUGAGGAGGCAGUGGAACAGGAAGCUGAAGAUGGGGACGUUACUGAGGAGGCAGUGGAACAGGACGCUGAGGAGGAGGGUGUUACUGAGGAAGAGAUGGAACAGGAAGCUGAGGAGGAGGACGUUACUGAGGGAGCAGUGAAACAGGAAGCUGAGGAGGAGGAAGUUACUGAGGAAGCAGUGGAACAGGAAGCUGAAGAGGAGGAAAUGGAGCAGGAGGAGUCAGUGAAAGAGGAAGUGACCGAAGAGCCAGAAGAAUGGCUAGUUGCCGUGGAGUCAUUGGAAGACGGUGUCACAGAAGAGCAACUGGAGGAGGAAAUUGGGGAGGAGGAGGAGGAGGAGGAGCAGCCAAAGGAAGAGCCAGAGGAAGAGGAGGAGGAGAUAGGGGAGGAGGAGGAGGAGGAGGAGGAGCAGCCAAAGGAAGAGCCAGAGGAAGAGGAGGAGGAGAUUGAUGAUGACGAUGACUUCCCAGAGGACUGGUCUCCUGAGGAGCAA